CUUUGAUGUAUGAUUAUCAUUAUAAUGUGAUGCAGAGGCACUAUGGUGAAGACAUUACGCUUAUGUAUACUGACACAGAUUCACUAGUGUAUCACAUUAUGACUGAUGAUUUUUACUCUGACUUGUUGGAAAAACCAAACUUGAUGGAUAGGUUAGACCCGGCAGACUUGCCAUCUAACCAUCCGUGCUAUACAACAGCACGUAAAAUGGUGCCGGGUUUUUUUUCUGACGAGUCAAAGGGUGAUAUUAUAUCAGAGUUUUGUGCGUUGAGGGCGAAAUCUUAUGCCUAUAAGAUUCACUCAUCAAAUACGUCCGAUACUGCAGGAAGGGAGAGCAUUAAAGCUAAAGGGGUCCGACGUCAUGUGGUUAAGAAUCACAUGACAUUAGAGGACUACAGAAAAUGUCUGUUUGGGGAAGCCGGUGUGAAGGCUUACCAAGAAAAUGUGUCUAUUAGAUCAUUUAAGCACAAGCUGUUGACAAUCAAAACAAAUAAAUUGACGUACAACAGUUAUGAUGAUAAGCGGGUUGUGCUAGAUGAUAAAAUAAACACACUAGCUCAUGGACAUACUGUAUAG